AUGGCGGUGGUCAGUUUAGAUGAUACUGAGAAGGAAGCGGGUGAAAAGACUCAAAAUAUUGAUGAGGAUGAAUUGUACAUUGGAAAAAAGUUUGAAACACAUGAUGAUUUGUUCAGUGCUUAUAAAGCAUAUGCAAAACGUGAAGGAUUUGCGGUUAGAAAAAGAACCAAUCGGAAAAAUGAAGACGGAAUCAUAAGAAAUGUGACGUAUGUUUGUAACCGAGCAGGAAAUCCUGUUAACAAGACUAAAAAUAUAGCCAAACCUCGCAAGAGCAACCGUUGUGAUUGCAAGGCUUACGUUACUGCAAGAUUGGAUGAUGAAGACAAAUGGGAGAUUACUCAACUUAAGCUUGAUCACAAUCAUACGUUUAAUCCAAGAAUUCCAAUGGAAAAGAAUUUCCGCUCUGUGGUGAAUCAGUAUGGUGGAUAUGAUAAAGUUGAUUGCAGUGAACAAGAUUGUAGAAAUGCCCUUGCAUAA